ACACACACACACACACACACACACACACACACACACACACACUUCUAGAGCGCACUGUGAAAACUUUCCCCUGCAACUGCUGAAUAGGUUAGUGCCUGCGACAGGACAGCGCCGAGUGGGAAGAGACAGUGAAAGCGGAACGCAUAGCCGGUUACUAGCUGCCUGGGGUUCGGGAAUGGCGGAAAGUCGGAAUGGUCCAUUCCCUCCUUCCGAACCGCACAUGUGAACCGAACCCCGUCUCCUGCGGGUCGAUUUUGUUACGUAGUAGGAGGCAAAGGACAGUAAAGAGCGAGAAAGAGACGAUUGACGUAUCUAAGACAGCCAGUCGACACCACUCUCCUCUCAUCUCGAGAUGGUCUGCGCGCCAGGACAUCGAUGGUUCCUACUUACCGCUCUCUUGCACGCUGUUGCACCCCUGGACAUCCGCGAGAGACCAAGGCAAUGUGACCCACCGAAGUCGCAAAAUGACAUGAACUCAUUCCUCUGGACAGUGAAGCACCCAGCUCCCUACCCUCCAUCCUAUCUUUUCGGGACCAUCCAUGUUCCCUACACCCGUGUAUGGGACUUUAUCCCAGACGUCUCCAAACGGGCCUUCCAGACCAGUGCCAACGUAUUCUUCGAGUUGGACCUGACCGACCCCCUGACUAUCUCCAAGCUGACCAGCUGCCAGCUGCUGCCCCACGGGGAGAACCUGCAGACCCUGCUGCCCCGGGACCUAUAUCGCCGCCUCAAACGCCACCUGGACUACGUUAAGCACAUGAUGCCCUACUGGAUGACGGCGGACCAGCGGGGCCGGGGGCUGUACGCUGACUAUCUCUUCAAUGCCAUCGCAGGGAAUUGGGAGAGGAAGAGGCCUGUGUGGGUGAUGCUGAUGGUCAACUCUCUGACGGAGUCAGACGUGAGGUCACGGGGAACACCCGUACUGGACCUGUUCCUGGCCCAGGAGGCCGACCGCAUGGGGAAGAGGACAGGAGCGGUGGAGCGGGUGGAGGAGCAGUGUCACCCCCUCAACGGACUCAACUUCUCCCAGGUGCUGUUUGCCCUGAACCAGACCCUGCUGCAGCAUGAGAGUGUAAGAGCAGGCAGUCUGCAGGGCUCCUACACCACCGAGGACCUCAUCACACACUACAACUGUGGAGACCUCAGCUCCAUCAUCUUCAACCACGACACCUCACAGCUCCCUCACUUCAUCAACAGUUCCCUGCCGGCCCAUGAGAAGACCACGGCACUUCAGAUUGACAACUACUUCCGCCAGGAGCUCAUAUACAAACGCAAUGAGCGAAUGGCACGCCGCAUCUCUGCCCUCAUCCAGCGAAACCCCUCCCAGACCUUCUUCUUUGCUUUUGGUGCAGGUCACUUCAUGGGGAACCACAGUGUGUUGGACAUCCUGAGACAGGAGGGCUACAAGGUGGUGCACGCACCAUCACACUACCAGGAACCAAUCACAGAAGAACCAACAGAAAGCCCCAGCGAUGGGGGCUCCGAUGCGGGUACAGUCUCUCCGUCUGACUGGGUGACCAGUCCCUCAGACCUGGAUGAUGGGCUGGAGGGGCUGGAGGAUGAGGAGCUGCCCCACAUGCUGCUGCCAGACAGCCUGAGCCAGCUGGAGGAGUUUGGGAGACACAAGCGCCCUCGGAAGGCCCACCGUGGUCACAGCCGCCCCCGCCUCUUCAGUGACCUGUGGGUCCGCAUUGGUGACAGCACCACACCUCCUCAGCCUAAUGUGAGGAUAACCAAUGGCUACGUGACAGUGGAGCCCGCCCUCACCCACCAAGAGCAGCGCAGGAGGGCAGAUCUCUACCCCUCCAUGGAGGCCCCCAGCAAGGCUUCCCCCUCUGCCCUGCCCACGCCCAGCUCAGCCCAGCCCAACACUGGCACCACCCACUCUCUCACCAACCUGCUAACAUUGCUUAUCACUUACCUGCUGUUCACCUCCUGACCACACAGUGGAGCUCUCUCCACACACACACACUGACUGUCUCCAUACCUGAGUGAGCAUUGUUAUGUGCCAUAAUCCUAGAACAUACAAAUAUCUACAUAUAAAGAUUCUGCAAACGGGAACUGGAGGUGGAUAUUAACUGCUAUGGGCAUGGAACAUACAUUACACAGAUCAUUAGAACAUUUUCACAUUCACAGGACAUGGAUAUGAGGGUUGGGACAGACACAG